GUGCAGGCCAGUGCAAUCAUGCAAGGGUGCUUCUCUCUCCCUCCCCACAAGAAGGAAAGCCUUCGCUUUUCUCGCUUGUAGGAUUGUCGGCCUCUGGGGCUGGGCUGGGCUGCUGCAAGAAUGUAAUACUGUAGCGACAGUAACUUGUUGACUUGACAAGGCUUAUUAGCUCCAUCUGUCUGGACAGUCCUUGCUUUAAGAGAGGAACUUGGAGAGGAGCAAGCCGAUCCUUCACUCUUCCUGGGACCUGUCUUGGAGUACAGAGCAGAGAUGGAAGAGGGUGUCCUUGAAGCGGGAAGAGGCCCUCCUGCCAUGCAGGCUGAGAGAAGUGAGGAAUUCUGGGAAAGAACCGUGCAGAAGAUGCUGGGUGAGGAUGCCACCAGUUCAGUUGCAAAGCGCCAGAGACUCAGACAGUUCUGCUACCAGAAGGCGGAGGGCCCCCGAGAAAUCUGCAGCCGAAUCCACAGCCUUUGCUGUCAGUGGCUGAAGCCAGAGAAGCACACAAAGAUGCAGAUCCUGGACCUGGUGAUCCUGGAGCAGUUCCUGACCAUCCUGCCUCCGGAGAUGGAGAGCUGGGUCAGAGAAUGUGGAGCGGAGAGCAGUUCCCAGGCGGUGGCCCUGGCAGAAGGUUUCCUCCUGAGCCAGGCAGAGGCCAAGAAGCAGAAAGGGCAAAAGUGGCAGAGGCCAUCAGAAGUGGACACUGAUUUCUCCAUGGAAGAGAUGGCUGCAUCAGACCAUAGGGAAAGUCUGCGGUGUAGGUGGAUCGUGCAAGAGAGGGAAGAAGGUGCCACCUUGCUGGGUGGUGAAAUCACAUUGGCUCUCCUGCCCAGGUCCUCUCCUCUUUCUGGUGGAGCAGCGACAGCCUCUCUGCACCUAGACCAGGGUCAGGUGACCUCGGAGGACGUGUUUGUGAAUUUCACAGAGGAGGAGUGGGCCUUGCUGGAUGCAGGCCAAAGAGCUCUGCACAGAGAAGUCACAGAGGAAACCUGUGGGCAUUUGGCCUCUCUGGAUGAUGGAUGGGAGAGUGAUAAAGAGGGUGAAUUGCAGGGGAGGAAAACAGAAGCAAAAUAUCCAUGGGAGAAGAAAGCUGUUGUUCCUGAAAUUCCAGUCCUUUCAAAGGAUUUCAAUGGAAACAGAAGGAAUAACAACUCUGAACAUGCAAAACUCAUAAAGAAUAACUCAAGCCUUCACACGCAUCAAAUAAUUCAUACAGAUGAUAAAAAAUACAAAUGCUCAGAAUGCGGAAAGAAAUUCAGUAAGAGGUCGCAGCUUACUUACCAUCAGCGAAUCCACACAGGAGAGAAACCAUAUCAGUGCCUGGUGUGUGGAAAGAGCUUCAGUCGGAAGGCUAACCUUACUUCUCAUAAAAACAUCCACACAGGAGAGAAGCCAUAUCAGUGCCUGGUGUGUGGAAUGAGCUUCAGUCAGAAGGCUAACCUUACCUCCCAUCAAAGCAUCCACACAGGAGAGAAGCCAUAUCAUUGCUCAGAAUGUGGAAAGAGCUUCCGCCAGAAAAAAGACCUUACCAUCCAUAAAGUAAUCCACACAGGGGAGAAGCCCUAUCAGUGCUUGGUGUGUGGAAAGAGCUUCAGUCAUAAGGUUAGCCUUACUUUCCAUCAAAGCAUCCAUACAGGAGAGAAACAAUAUCAUUGCUCAAAAUGUGGAAAGCGCUUCCGCCACAAAAAGGAACUUACCACCCAUAAAAUCAUCCACACAGGGGAGAAACCAUAUCUAUAGGGAUGUGCAUGAACUGCUUCGGAGGUCCAGCAGCAGGGGUUACCUUUUUACGGUCCGGGGAAUGUGCUCUUACCCGUCACCCCCCCCGCCAUGUUUUCCCCACUGGCACUGUGUGCAAAAUCGGUCCUGCGGAGUGGCAGCAUAUGUUCUUGCCGCCCUGGUGAGCAUCUGACCGUCAUGCAUGCGCACCUGCCAUUUCUGGUCCGAUGCUCUCAAGGGGUGGCAAGAGGGUAUGCUGCUACCCUGUGGAAUUGAUUUUGCACACAGCCCCAGCGGGGGAAACGUGGCAGCGGGGUGUGUAAGAGCACUCUCCCUGGACCUUAAAGGUAAGCCCCCAACGCCACUGGUUCGACAACCUGUCAGUUCAUGCACAUCCCUACAUAUCAGUGCUUGGUGUGUGGAAAGAGGUUCAGACAUUAGGCUAACCUUGCUUCCCAUCAAAACAUCCACACAGGAGAGAAACCAUCUCAGGAUGUGGAAAGAGUUUCUGUUAGUGCGGAAAACUUGCAUACUAUCAAAGAAUCCACACAGUGGAGAAACCAUAUCGAUGUGCCUGGGAGGCGCGCUGAAGCUGAUCUGCUUGGUCAUCUGGGGGGAAGGUAAGUGGAAAGCAGCCUUUCCUCCGCACCCUCUCCAGCUGCCCAGGGUGAUCGUGAAAAUCGCCCCAUUCAAUGGUUCUGUCUUUUGUCAAUCUAGAUAUCUGAACAUAUGUUCUUGUAAACUUUGCUCCACUGAGACUCUGUAAUUGAGCCUGAUUAUAUCUGUUGAGAACCCACAAGUUAUUUACUAGAAUUGCCAGGACCUGCUCCUUCCAAGUCUGGCUUCAUGGCGUUUAGUGGACCGUGCUCAGACCCCUCUUUUUAAGAGCUUUAAAUGGCUGUUUCACAUCCAUUUGUUGUUGGAUACUGAUCAAAUUUAGAGGGAUGGUAUAACUUGCCAUCUUGUUGAUAUGUGCUUAAUUUCAGGGGGAUUGUACAGAUAAUAUAGAUUUUACAAGCAAUAGAAUAUUCAGGGUUUAUAAUGGAAGAAUGUUGAAACAACUCCUCAUCUUAACUAUAGGGCCAGUAUAAUCUGGUGGGUUGCCAAAACAGCUCCUUAACCAUCAAAGGUAGCCCGUUAUAAAAUAUAGUGGAUGUUCCCGAUGAGAUGUUGAUUGCUUGCCGAGCCAGAAUGUACAUUUGUGAAGCUGUGUUUGGCUCAUGUUUUAGUUUUUCACAAGCUGCGGAGACUAGUCUCAAAGCCUGCUGGCUUAAGGAAAUUAUUUUUUGCCUCUAAAAUAUAAGGCAAUAUACCCUUACCAAUGUUACAUUUAGUAUUGAUUCUAAUGAACACUGCAUAAUGUAAUGAACUCCAUUAUGUAUUUCUAAAACAGUAGUAGGUUAUUCUGCAUUAUAGUCGAGUCUUACAGUCACCAUUGUGAUAUACUACAGUAUGUGCAAUAGUGCCUUGGAAGCUGCAACUGGAACACUGAGAAUUGUAGCCCUUCCCAGCACUUUCACCAUAGAAUUCAAUGGGGAACCUUUCCAGCACUCUGUGUGCACCCUUCAAGAUAGCAUUGUGGCUUGUCAGAACUCAUUUAUUCUUGCAGCUCCCUCUCCCCCAGCACUGGGGGAAGCACAAAACAGCAACUUGCGGAGGUGAGAACUGCCUCUCACAGUGGAGAUGUUUUGCCCAAGUGGACCCCACUAACUGGCUCCCCCUGUCAUUGUCAGACUACUGGCACAUGUGUUGGCAUUCUGGCUCUGUUAUCAAACAGGCCAUGCUCUGAAGCCUUCCCAGCACUUAACAGCAAUUGGCUUUAAUGAUACAGGAAUUUUGAGGCUUGUAAUGUUGGACCUUUUUUUUUGGCUGCCCGUCUUAACUGAGAGACAUUGUGUGAUCCUUUUAACAAGGAAGUUAUAGACUGUUGCUUGUCUGUAUGAACACACGACACAUCUUACAUAUGCGAUGACUAGAGGAAGGUGAUCCACAAGUCCUGUGUGAUUGGUACUGACACCUAAUUUUGUUUCUUCUAUAGCAGGGCUGCACAACUUCAGCCUGCCUACAGAUGCUGGACUCCAACUCCCACCAUCCCUGACUACUGGCCACUGUGGCUGUGGAUAAUAAUAAAUAAUAAUAAUAAUAAUAAUAAUAAUAAUAAUAAUAAUAAUAAUAAUAAUGUACCUCAACACCAUAGGGGCCACAGAAAUCACCAUCAGCCAAUUACAAAAAGCAGCUUUACUGGGAACAGCCUAUAUUCUGCGACGAUAUCUAUAACAAUUGACAAUAAAAUUCAGCCAUCCCAGGUCCUUGGGAAGGACUCGAUGUCUGGAUAAAACAAACCAGUCAAUAACACCUGUCUGACUGUGUAAACAAGAAAUAAUAAUAAUAAUAAUAAUAAUAAUAAUAAUAAUAAUAAUAAUAAUAAAUAAUUCAAUUUCUAUACCACCCUUCCAAUAAUGGCUCAGGGUGGUUUACAAAGAGAAAUAACAAACAAAGAUGGGAGUUGUUGUCCAAAAACAACGGAAGGGCCAAAGUUAGGGAGCCCUGCUUUGUAGACUAGGCACCCUUUACCGUGCUAUCAUUAAAUGCUGAAAUCUACCAACUAUGUAAUGCAUUUUCCAGUUAUUCUUAGGACACUGCUUAUUUCAUUAAAUUUGUUUUCAAAAUG